UCAGCGUGAAAACAAACUGAAACUAAAAAUGAAAUCCUUCGUUGCCAUCAUUUCCCUUGCCCUGGUUGCCGGGUGCAUGGCCGUCACUGAGGAACAGAAAGAAGCUGCCCGCCAGUUGGCUAGAAAGUGCAUGGAUCAGACUGGCACCUCGGAGGAAUCCGUCCAGCGUCUUCGCAAUGGAGAUACAUCCAAUGCUGACGAAACGACCAGAUGCUUCGUACAGUGCUUCUUCCAGGGUGCCGGAGUUGUCGAUUCUGAAGGAACAAUGCAGGAGGCAUACGUUACCGAAAAGUUGUCCAAUGAAUACGACCGUGCCAAGGCCGAAGAAGUGGUUCAAAGGUGCAGGAACAACAGCGGUGCCAACGCUUGUGAACGUUCAUUCACGCUGUUGCAGUGCUACAUCGCCAACAGAGCUAGUUUGAUCUAAAUGGGUGGGUGAUAAACGGAAAGGAAAUGAUCUGGCUACAUGAAGAUAAUAUAUCGAUGAAUUAU